AUGUCCGCCGCAAGAACUAACCCUCGUAGCACAAGACAGGCCGCCAACAGGCCGCCCCCUUCGCUCCGUCGUCAAGACGCAGUUAUCCACGAGACGGUCUACGAUCAGAACGAACAAGCCGUCAAUUUCAGCAUCUACACCGACCAGGUCAUGGACAUUUUGAACAGUUUCUUUGGUGGUAGAGGACAAGUCCCGCCUCCCCGUCGUGAGGUACCCCGUUUAACCCGGCGCUCACCGUAUCCCGUGAGAGCUGCAGCGGCUGUGCAGCGUAGGAAUCCUGAGGACGCAGAUCCCACUCCUACCUACACCAACCUUCCUAGCGCUGGAGAGGUGACUGUUGAUAUCGCUGUGUUGCCCGAGGAGCAUCUGCCUGAGUACUCGGAGGCGAGACAGGAGGAAAGGGUGGAAGAAAGCGAGAACAGGGGAGCGGAGAAUGGAGGUACAUCUGCCUCUACCGAGUUUUCGUGGAUUUUCUUCAGUAUGACAUUUUGA